AUGUCAGGCUUCAAUGACACCACGACGUCAGGUCCCGGAGAACAACUCGAGCUCAUGAAAAGACCUCAGGUUCUUCCUGGUCAGGGCUAUGCGACUUCGAGAAAGCACAGGAAGCACCUCAAGUCGGCAGAUGACUUCCAAGCGAUGACUUUGAACUUCUGGGCGAUGGAGGCGGACGAGUCCGUGGGUUCCCCGACCACGAACUCCAACGGCGUUAAGAUCGAUAAGGGAACGACACCAGUCGAGGUAUCAGGAAACUCAGCCCCUGGCUGGAUGCCACCCACUAACACCCUCAUUACCGUACCAGCCAACUAUACCAACGUGGUCGGCCCCAACUAUUCUCAAUACCAUGACCAGAGGCGUGUCUACGAGUGCGGCCCUGACGCAAACGGCACCCUGGCGACAAGCUUCAACAGAGAACCGUACGCCCGCGAUCCAUCCUCAGUGCCAUACCCGGUGAACACGCAUCCAGCUCCUCCUCCUUUGGACGUCGCAGCAGGACAAGGCAGCUACGUCGUCACGGACGCCAGAGAGGCUCCCUACGAUGAACAGAAAUCGGCCUACGGUUACAACCCUGGACCGAGUGUUACCGCCCCGAUUAGCUCCAGCACAGCGCCGUACAGUCCUGGGACCCCAGAGUCAUUGCCGACGGAACAACAUCCUCAGUGUCGCGCCUGUGGAGGUUUCGUCAACUCAGGCCUAGCUUCCGGCAUUGAAUCAUCAGCCUUCGCUUUGUUACAAGCCUACGUCAUGUCCGGGAUUACUGUGCCUCGCGACUACCUGCCUCACCUCCAGAAACUCGCCCUGACGAAUCCCCAAGGCUAUCUCGCAGCUCUGUCUUGUUAUAUACAGUCUGGAUACGGCCGAGCCAUUUCAUUGCAGCACUCGAUGACAAGGAACAGGCCCGUUGGAGGUUGGAGUGCUCCAUACGACCAAGUGUCAGACGCGUACACAGUAAGGAGGGACGCGGUAGCCGGGAGCCACCCGCAAUUCGCAGCAUCGGCAGAGUCCAAAUUGGUUACAGGUUAA